AUGCGCGCUUCCAAGAUCUUGGCCUCAAUGGGCCUCAUGGCCCUCGCCAAUGCGACUGUCAUUCGUUACGAGCGCGAUCUUCAAGCCGAUGCUCCUGUUCUCGAGAAGCGAGCCGACAAGACCGCCGCCUGGGUCACCGUCGAUGACGAGCAGCAGCCCGCCACGACCUACACUCCCUCGUACACUACCGUUGACGGUACCACAUCCAUCGUCGACGCUGCUCCUCACGACCUCACCGCCAGCGUCUACACCUACACCAGCUGGGGCAAGGCCUACACCAGCACUGGCGAGCCUCCCAACCCUCAGGCCACUGGCAAGCACGGCGAGGGUGUCUUUUCGCGAUGCUACAACAAGGAUGGCGAAAAUGCUCCUUUCUGCUCUCCUUAUGCCAAUAGCACUCUUGAUGUUGGCAAGACGUACUUCGUGACCUGGGAUCCUGAUUACUUCAACAAGACAAAGUCCUCCGACAACUCCACCCUCAUGAUCACACCCCGUCUCAACUUCUUCAACAGCUCCAGCAAGGAGUGGGAGAAGUACCAGGACUUCCCCGAAUCCGCUGCUCCCGCUGCUUGGGGCUACUGGCCUUUCCAUGCCAACUCGGAGUACAUGAAGCGCUCGCAUAACAUCUCCCUCACGCUCUACAGCAACAGCAACAAUUCGCUCGAGAAGACAGAGUCCGCAACCCUGUUCCUCUACCUCCAGGACAAAGACUUCCCCGAGAAGGCGCACGAGAAGCUCCCCGAGGGCCAGACUCUCAUCAUCGCCCUGCCCGUUGUCUUCGGCUGCCUCCUUCUUCUCAUCAUCGGCGGCUUCUUGUGGAACCGCAAGACCCGUCGCAUCGGGCUCGGUAACAUCUCUGGUCGCGCCCGCCAUGGCUACACCGGCCGUGCCAAGCGCCGCAUCUUCGGUGCCCGUGACAACGGCAUCCAGCUCGAUACUUCGGUCCCUCCUCCUGGCGAAUACCGCGAUGCUCCUCAGCGUGCUCGUGCCGACAGCGAUGGUCUCGGCAGCUUGGCAGGUAGCCCUGUCGAUGCCAACUUCUCUCAUCAGGGCAAUGGCGGCAAUGCUUUCCGUGAUGAGAUGAGGAGACAGGAGGCGGAGCGACGUAUGUAA